AUGGAGGUCAGAAUCAAAGAAGAAAUCGAGGAGGCCGAUCUUGUGGCAAGCGGAUCGGAACUUCUGCAGCAAGUGUCCGCUAACUUCUCUUCUUACAAGGAAACUGUGGAAAACUUUACUGACCCUGAUGUGUCAGUUAUGCGCGAUAAGGCAACGGGGAGCCCUCCAAAACAAUGCCAGCUAUGUGGUCAUUGGAUAACUGCGAAGAAUGUGCGAGCUCACGUGGCUACCCAUCUUACCAUUAGAAGGCUUCGGUGCACUAGCUGUGGUCAAGGAUUUGAUCGGAUGAAUCGAGCCUCGAUCCACAUUGACAAGAGCCAUCCCGGUGAUCCCAAGGCGAAAAUAGAGUCGGCAAUGUAA